AUGGCAAUGGAUUGCUCUGAAGAAUACAUUAAAAUGGAGAUGGAAUGUGAACCAAAGAAAUCAUUUCGGAGAGGUCUUCCAUGCAGGAGACAAACUGGCAUCCUUGUGCUUCUGGGAACAGUCUGCAUGAUUAUUUUCAUGGUCUUGACUUCUGUCAUCUAUUCCCAUCAAGAACGAAAGUUCUCAACGCUGGAGAGUUGGAUGAAAAGCCACACUUCUGAUCUAACCUCAGUCAAAUCUGAUUUUCAGAACACGGGAGGUGAUCUAGAAAAGAAGGCUGCUGAGCUGCAGAACUUAGUGUUCAGCCUGAGUUCAUAUUUCAACACGUCUGGAUCAAGUAACCCAGAGACCAGAGAAAUGCAAAUAAAGAAGUUGUCUAAUAUUGAGACCCUGAUGACCGCUCUUGGCUCGUCACUGAGUUCACUCGCAUCCAAACAAGAAGAAAACCUACAAAAGCUGGAGCGCCAGCAGGAUGUGUCACACACUGAAGUCAAGAGUUUGAUGGACAGUUUGAGUUCUGCACUAGCGGCCCUCAGGAAUAAACUGACAGAAGACAUUGGCAAGCAGGACCAGAAACAGACUGAAACAAAAAUAUUAUUAGACAGUUUGAGCUCAUCUGUUACUUCUCUACAGUCUGAUCAACAAAAGAAACAGUGUGACUUUGAGUCUCUGUCGAGCUCACUGAGGGACUUGAAGAGUUCAGUUUCAGAUCUCACUUCUUCUGUCGCAUCUAUUUCUUCUCGACUAUCCGUCAGCAUGCAGGAUGUGUCGCAAAGUGACAUAAAGAGUUUGAUGAACAGUUUGAGUUCUGCAGUGUCAGCGCUGACGGCGCAGCUGAAUGAUGCAGUUAACAAGCAGGACCAGAAACAGAAUGAAACAGAAAGAUCACUGGACAGUUUGAAGGCAUCUAUAGAGUCUGAUUUACAAAACAAACAACGUGACUUCGAGUCUCUGUCGAGCUCACUGAGGGACCUGAAGAGUUCAGUUUCAGAUCUCACUUCUUCUGUCGCAUCUAUUUCUUCUCAACUAUCAGUCAACAUGCAACAGCAGGAUGUGAAAAGCUCGAUGAACAGUUUGAAUUUUACAGUAUCAGCACUGACAUCUACACUAAAUGAUGCAGUUAAAAAGCAGGAACAGAAACAGACGGAAACAGAAAGAUCACUGGACAGUUUGAAGUCGUCUGUACAGUCUGAUCAACAAAACAAACAGCGUGACUUGGAGUCUCUGAAGAGCUCAUUGAGUGACCUGAAGAGUUCAGUGUCAGAUCUCACUUCUUCUGUCGCAUCUAUUUCCUCAAAACAACAAACCUCUGAGGAAAGAGUCAUGAACGCUCUGAAGGGGCUGAUAACUAAUACGAGCGCUAAAAAAGCAGACGUCUCUGUGGCCAACUGUAAAUGUGGCUGGAUCUUGUACAAAAGCAGCUGUUUCUUGUUCUCUAGUGAUCAACUCAACUGGUCUGGGGCCCGAGAUUACUGCAAAGCGCAGGGCGCGCUACUCCUGAAAAUACAAGAGGACGAUGAGGAGUGGGCCUUUCUGAACAAUCAAACCAUACCCACAAGCUACUGGGUGGGUCUAACGGAUCAGACCACAGGCCAGUGGAGAUGGGCGGAUGAAACUCCUUACACCAUGAAUAAAGAACGCUGGAAUCCUGGGCAGCCGGAUGACUGGACAGAACAUAAUAUGGGAGAGGGAGGAGAGGACUGUGGGCAGAUAACAGCUACUGGGAAACUGAAUGACAACCACUGCUCUGUCAAAAUGAGAUUUAUAUGCAGAGUGCAAUUCUGAAACUCAACAUGUCUGUGAUGAAGUUUGGUCAAAAUGACAAGGAAGAUUAAAUCUCU